UUCCCCCCAGGGUCCAGAGCCCAUCUUUCUGCUGCUAGGACAGCGUUCACGCCCACCCCGGGGGCAGAGCCCUACGCGGACGCCAGACGCCCGGCGUGCGGGCCUCGCCCAGGGGCUGUGGGCCCGGAGCCGGGAUGCCAGAAGGGCCAUCUGUGAGAAAGUUUCAUCAUUUGGUCUCCCCCUUUGUGGGGCAGCAGGUGGUCAAGACUGGAGGCAGCAGUAAGAAGCUAAACCCUGCUAGCUUCCAGUCCCUGUGGCUCCAGGACACCCAGGUUCAUGGAAAGAAAUUAUUCCUUAGAUUUGAUCCAGACGAAGAAACCAGAUCUCCUGGCAACAACUCACUGCCAGAACUUCUACAAAAAGGAGAGAGGAAGGAAGAGGCUGGGGACCAAAAGCAGACUUUGGGUCCCGACAACCAGAAAAUCUCAGACCAGUCCUCCUGGUCCCUGGAGCUUGUCCACAGUGGAGACACUGGUUCCGAGUAUUUGGGGGAAGACAGCCCUGCAGGAGGUGCUGAGAGAUGGCUGCAGGUCAGCUUUGGUUUGUUUGGAAGCAUUUGGGUGAACGAAUUCUCCAGAGCAAAGAAAGCCAACAAGAGGGGUGACUGGAGGGACCCCAUUCCAAGGUUGGUCCUGCACUUUGGUGGUGGCAGCUUCCUGGCAUUUUAUAAUUGUCAGAUGUCUUGGAGCUCUUCCCCAGUGGUCAACCCCACCUCUGACAUCUUGUCUGAAAAGUUCCAUCGAGGACAAGCCUUGGAAGCUCUGGGUCAGGAACAGCCUGUCUGCUAUACACUGUUGGACCAAAGAUACUUCUCAGGCUUAGGGAACAUCAUUAAGAAUGAAGCCUUGUACAGAGCUGGGAUCCAUCCCCUUUCUCUCGGUUCACUUCUCAGUCCUCGGCAACUUGAGAUCCUCGUGGAUCACGUGGUGGAGUUCAGUACAGACUGGCUUCAGGGCAAGUUCCAGGGAAGACAGAAUCACACGCAGAUCUACCAGAAAGAGCAGUGCCCUUCUGGGCACCAGGUCAUGAAGGAGGCCUUUGGGCCUCCAGAUGGCUUCCAGAGGCUCACCUGGUGGUGCCCACAGUGCCAGCCCAGGCUGCCACCCAGAGAGCCAGAGCAAGUCCAGCUUUCCUAAGGCUCUUGGGGCCCCUUUUUAACAGAACCUUGCCCUUUAGGGAGCGUGAUGUCUGAGUGUUGAGAAAAGGGAUGUGGACAGGGAUUGGGACUAGAGGCAGGAAUUAGAGGGGAGGGGAGGUCAGAGGAGAUCCGUCCUGUUGAUAUUCAUCUCACUGAAGUAACUUCUAAGGCAGAGUUUUCAUAGGGUUAGAUUUUUUUUUUCAAACAGUUAAUUCUUCCUAUGUAGUUCUGCCAUUGUAAAAGAUGAGAAAAAUGAUGACAGGUCAGGGAAAAGCCUCCCGGAAUGAGUGAUAAUGAAAAUAUAAGUCUAUGGAAAAUAGCUGUGCCCCAACAUUGCUCUGGUUUGGUUUUGUUUUUGAAACCUUAGUUGGUUUUAAGGCCCUCCAGUUGAGAAACAGGAACAUGGAAUUGUCUUUCUUCAUUCCCCUGGAGGGAUCCAGGGAUGAGGAUGGAGUAGCAUGAGUGUCAUGUUCUGAUUCGGCCUCCUGCCUGGGAUGGAGAUACCAGGAGAACGGGUGGGGAAGGAGGGGGCCUGGGAACUGGCCACCUUUCUGAUGUGCCCAAUGGGCUUUAGAACAAAGCUGCUUGUUUCCUCCUAAAGUGAUAUAUUUGUGACCACUGCUUUGUGGAACCAGCAGGAAGUAAGGGUUGUAGAGACACAGUGUAAAGGUGUUAGCAAUAGCUGAAAAAACUAGGACAUUUAAAUAAAGCUCUUUGAUAUUUCCUGUUGUCAUUUUUAUUUGGCAGGAAUGGUUCUUACCAUGUAAAUAACAGUUCUUUGUGAAGGUGGCUGCAUAUGACUUCAGGUGGCCAAGUUCGGAUGGAUCCACUUAAAAGGGGUAGGGCAGGGGUUGCGGGGAGGUAGAGGAGGGUACAGGCAGGAUAAAUGGUGAUGGAAGACUUGAC